GCCUGUGUGAGAAAUUGGCCCUGUAUGGAGGGGGGUAGUUAUGAGGCCUGCAUGCGGUGCUGCAGUGCCCGGCUCCUCCUGGUUCUUCACGGGAGCGCAGUUGAGCUCAGAGACGAGACCCGAGUUCAUGAGCAGACUUCAUCUCUCGCGAGGAAGGACGCCAUUAUCGGAAUCCCUACAAACAACACGAGAAUUCAUCCUUCUCACGGUGUGAAUGAUGUCCGAGCAGGAUCUGGUGGAGAUAGUCCAGAUUGCUGUGGCAGAUCUAAAUCAUGAGGAACAUGAUGCAGAUGUGUUGGAAAACCAUGAAGAGGCUGACAAACCUGAGCGAAAACGAGCGAGGAUGGAAAGUAGUAAUCAAGAUGCAACUCUAAAGACAAUGCUCGUGUCUAUUAGUCAGGCCAUCUGCCAAAGGCUGGAUAGCAUGGAGACCAAGCUCCAGGUGCUGGAGGCUACAUGUCGGGCCCUAGAAGAGAAGCUUGACACAGUAAUGGGCAAAAACCAGGGACCUAUCCGUGUCCCCAUGGUGGCUGGAUCUCCUUUUGGUGCAACACAAACCUGUGACAAGGUUCGCUGUAUGGUGCCCCAGACCAAUGUGGUAGUGAGUGGUGAGCGUGCUAAAGCAAGCCAGGAGGAGGCACUCCCACGCACAACAGACUCUCUGGAGAACUUACUCAGCAAAGCUCUUGACUUACCCAGACUUCAACCUGUUGAGUCUGGAGCCAAAAUGUCCAAUGCUAGUGACUUUGAGCCAUUAACAGUUGACUGUUUGGCUGGCAGCACGGUAGGCAGAGGAAGACAAAAAACGAUUGUUCUGAAGGUUCCGGCACCAGAAGAGAGCCAAGAGGAGCAAGACAGUGGCUCUGAGGCCAGUGACUCCAUGUCCAACAGUGGCCAAGCGUCAGCACAGGGCACCAACAAUGUCACACUCAUCACUCUCAACUCAGAAGAGGACUACCCGACAGGAACGUGGCUGGGAGAUGAGAAUAACCCUGAAAUGCGUGUGCGCUGCCCCGUGUCUCCGGCUGACAUGCUGCACAUCAGCAGCAACUGUCGAACACCGGAGAAGAUGGCCCUCACGCUGCUGGACUACCUGUUCCACCGUGAGGUGCAGGCUGUGUCUAACCUGUCUGGACAGGGAAAGCACGGAAAGAAGCAACUGGACCCGCUCAUGAUCUACGGAAUCCGCUGUCAUCUGUUCCAUAAGUUCACAAUCACCGAGUCGGACUGGUACCGCAUCAAGCAGAGCAUCGAUUCCAAGUGCCGCACGGCGUGGAGGCGGAAGCAGCGGGGGCAGAGCCUGGCUGUCAAGAGCUUCUCCCGCAGAGCACCCGCUGCCCGCAAUAGUGGAGAGGGAGUUUCCGUAACAGAAACGACAUCUAUAGACACCUCAACGCAGCAGGCUUUACAGUACGCUCUGGCUGGUGCUGCCCAGCAGGUUCAGAUCCACCGCAUAGGAGAGGACGGACAGGUGCAAGUGAUUCCACAGGGGCACCUUCACAUAGCUCAGGUGCCACAGGGAGAGCAGGUGCAGAUCACACAGGACAGUGAGGGGAAUCUACAAAUUCACCAAGUUCAUGUUGGACAGGACGGACAGGUUUUGAGAGGACCUCAACUCAUUGCAGUAGCGUCUGCUGAUGGGACGGGAACCGUAGAGGCGUCUCCCCUGCAAGGCAACGACAUCCAGGUUCAGUACGUUCAGCUUGGACCUGUGACUGAUCACACGGGAACUGUCCAGGCGGAGGCACUAGGCCCAGCUCUGCAAGCUGAGAUGGAGGUAAAGGAGGCUAUUCAGAUCCAGCAGAGUGAGAACGGAGAAGUGGUCCAGAUCCAGAUGCCCGUCAACACUGUGGGCACCUGAGACACCAGCCCAUGAGCCCUCUCUCUCUCACACACACACACACACCACAGUGCUCCUACAAAUACACACACUAGCAUGAUUCUGCUGCUGAACUGCUUGAGUGAGCGAGAGAGAGAGAACCUGAGACUGAAAAGUGUGGACACUCAAACUCAAACAGAAUCAAUGACUUGUGUCUGCAACCAUGAGCUAAAGCCAGGCAAAGAGUCUUAAAUCAAACACACACUGCACAAAUUCCCUUUGUGUCAGCUUGUCUACUGGCAAUCUCCUGACAAUCACAGUCUGUUAAAAGCUCCUUCAGCUUAGUAAUACAAUAUCAGUGUUGGCUGCACCGCAGGCUCUUCGAUGCUUGUGCGUGUGUUACAGGUUCUGGCCCAGCAGUGGACAGGAGAAAUUAGCUUUAUUUUCCUUCUUCACCUCCUUCUCCUUCUUUUUUCUUCUUCUUCUUCUUCUUCUUCUUCUGCUUCUUCUGCUUUUUCCAUCACUCCAGUUCCUCAACUGCACAGGAUGGGUUUAUUUAACUCGAGCUUCAAGGAGCGUGCCUAGCUAUUAGGCUUCAAGCUGCUUGCCUAAUCUCCUUUCAUUAGGACAAAGACACUGUUCUGUAAAGACUGAAGCUUGCUAAUGAGAGCUUUACUUCUUAUGUUACCUCUAAUACAUACCGAUCAGCUAAACCAGCCCGUGGUUGUUGAGUAUUGUUUCAUGAAAUAAGUGAAUUUAAUAAUUUUCUUUCAUUUUUUGUUUUUCUUUUUUUUUUUUUUUUUUUUUUUUUUUUUAUGAGGGCCUGCCCUUGUUCUGUACCCGUUCUACAGCUUAUGUUCAUAAAUCUUGGUUAUCCCACAGAAGUGGCUUGUUUGUUUUAGAUGCUUUAUUGUAACAACAUAAAUAAAUAUUUGUGGCCCUCUUUAAAGAGACAGUUGAUAAAAAGCUGCACAUAGAGAAUAUGAAAAAGUAUUUGGCAGUGACGGUGACCAUGUCUAUGUAUAGAAAGUGUAUAGAAAGUAUGAGUUGCUUGUUUAUCUUGUCGGUGUGCGUGCAUAUGAGCGUGUGAAUUAAUAAAUGACUGUCAUUGCCAUGUA